AUGUCAAGAAUGGUUAAUUUAUCAAGGAUAUUUAUAAAUGGUGGAAUUAUUAAUAGUAAAAAUGAAAACCUAAAAUAUAAUAGUAAUAAUAAUAAUUUUGGUAGUAGAUGUUUCCGACAACAACAACAAAAUAAUAAUAGUAAUAAUAGAAAAAGUAAUAGCGGAGGAAUAAAAUAUUUUAGUUCUCCUUCAACUAUUUAUAUUAUUUUGGUGAUUGCCUAUCUCAUUUACAAUAUUGAAGUUGUAAAUGCUGCUGGUCAAUGUACAGCUGAAAAGACUUGUUCUGGACUUGGUGAUUCUUGUACAGCCGAUCAUUAUUAUAGACAGACAAAUGAUACAAAAGCAUUAACAUGUAAUAGAGGAUUAUAUUGUUCCCAACAAAAUGUUUGUUUACAAGCAGCAAUGAGAUAUGAAAAGUGUUCGACUGAUCCAACUGGAACUCCAUGUUUCCAAUAUUUGACUUGUCGUAGUGGUGGUGGUAAUAAUGCUGGAGAUUAUACAUGCCAAGAAUAUCAAUAUGGUGCAUACAAUGAUCAUUGUUUGGAUGAUAGUCAAUGUCUUGACGGUCUGCACUGUUACAAUCUAUUUUGUAAAUGGAGAGUUGACAGAUGUACACAAGACUAUGAAUGUGACUAUCAUCGUUAUUGUAACAUUGCACCUGACAGUUCACACGGUAACUGUCAAGUUCAAAAGGAUGAAGGACAUGUUUGCAAUCGUGACGGUGUCUGUAAAAAGUACACCCAAUGUGUAGCCGAUAGCAACAAUGAAAAGAAGUGCACUAAAAUCUUUAGUGGUGGCAUUGGAGAGAAUUGUACACACAUUGACACCUACUCUACAUGCAAGAUGCAAGACAACCUAAUCUGUGACGAGACGACAUUCAAGUGUGUGAGAGCUCCUGAACAGACCGUAGGUGACUGUACAGGUGCUGCAGUGUCUUGCAAAUCGACAGAGACCUGUUAUUGUGACCAAUUGCUUGGCACUGCAAACAGCACUGGAACAUGUUACAUUAAUCCUUACCGUGGUGGACAACAACACAAUAUCUGUCAACAAGCCAUCUAUGCCCUGCGAGUAUGUCUGUACUCCCAUGAAUGUAAGACUGUCAACCCUGCACCAUCAUCCUGUCUCAUGGCAUACUGUGCAGAGAAACAUUGCAAUAUGAUUGAAGCAUGUCAGUUGAACAAGUUUGGUAACUCUAAUUGUAAUAUCUAUACUGAUGAAUGUAUUCAAUGGAGAAUAACUGGUUCUGCCUCAACUAUCUCCAAAGUAUCCUUGUUAUCAUUAUUAUCAUUAUUAUUAUUACUAUAA